CCGGUAUAUCGGGAAAUGCGAUGGCCCUAAUGAUGAAUUAUUCGUAGCAAUUUUUUUUCCAAAGGAUGAUAAAUAAAUUAUUUAGUAGAAAGAUUUUAUGUGUAGGUAAUAAUUUACUGAGAAAUAAGUAUCAAACUUUUGUAACUUAUCAAGCCGCAAUUCCUUUGAGACGUGUACAUUGUUCUGCAAACUUUUACCGAUCCAUAGAUGAUGAAUAUGAGGACAAUGAACCAAUAAAUGACAUUAUUGACAGUGAAGUACUGAAAUUAGGAGAUCACAAUGUAUUUGUUAUACAGCCUGACUUGAUAGGUGAAGUUCGUCCUCAUAAUUUGAUCAACACAACCACUGAAUUACAACUUGAGGAAUCGGUAGCUUUAGUUGAAUGUUUACCAGGAUGGAAAGUCAGUGGGAAAAUGAUCUUGAAAACAAGAACACCACAUGAACAAAGAAUUUUUAGAGGUGAAAGACUUGAACGUCUGAAAGAACAAAUAGUUCAACAUCAAGAUAUCACGGCUAUAUUUUUAAGUCUGAAUGGAUUAAACGGACUCCAAAGAAAAUAUAUUUCUGAUAUGACACGAAUCGAAAGUAUUUUUGACAGAUAUUCACUUGUUUUGGAAAUCUUCCGAUUGAGAGCACAAACCAAACAAGCAAAACUGCAAGUUGCACUGGCCGAAAUUCCAUAUCUGAGAACGCAUUCAAAAUCUGAGCUAGCAUCUUACAACAGACAAGGAAGAGGGCAUGGUGCUGUCGGUGGCCCUGGAGAAACGCCAAUGGAAUUACUGAAACGACAAUUCAAAAUUCGAGAACAAAAAAUUAGAUCCCGUUUGACAGAAUUAAGCAAACAUCGAACAUAUCAGAGACAAGCAAAGAGGAAGAAUAAUAUACCAGUAGUUGCUGUUGUUGGAUACACAAAUGCUGGUAAAACUACUUUAAUAAAAGCACUUACUAAAUCUGAGAGACUUGAACCAAAGAAUCAUUUAUUUGCAACAUUAGAUGUUACAACUCACUCAGCAUUAUCUUGUGGUAACUUAAGAUACUUAUUAAUCGACACUGUGGGAUUUUUAUCUGAUUUACCUCAUUCACUUAUUGAUGCUUUUAGUGCUACAAUGGAGGAUAUGUUACAAGCUGAUAUGAUAAUUCAUGUGAGUGAUAUAAGUCAUCCAGACUACAAAAAUCAGAAGAUGAAUGUUUAUAAAGUAUUAUCGGAUCUCAAUUUGCCGGAAAAACUACUAGAAAAUAUGAUAGAAGUUCAAAAUAAAAUUGAUUUAUUGCCAGAUACUCGAAAUAUUGAACAAAAAGAUUCUUCAAUGCCAAUUCUUAAAAAUGAAGCUGCCUUUUCAAAACGUGGUAAAAAGCUGAAGCGCCACCACCUCUAUCUUCAACCGUCAUCUACAUGUAUGGUAUCUGCCACAGAGGGGCCUGGUUUAGAUGAAUUGAAUAAAAUAAUACACAAUCGAUUAGUAAAAGUUACUGGAAGUUCUUAUUGUAGAAUAAAAGUUCCGGCUGAUGGUGACCAUAUGGAUUGGUUUAAUCAAUAUGCAAAUGUGAAUGAUGUAAAAACUGAUGGAGAUUUUCAUUUUAUAUUUGAUGUUGUUAUUUCUCAACCUAUGCUUAAUAAGUUUAAAUCAAAAUAUAGUGUUUAUGAUAUACUCUCAGGCGAUGUAUCGUAAUUUUAUGCAUAUAAAAAAAGUUGCACAUAACAUUACUGCGUUGUCAUAAUGUGGUAUAUGGUAAUGUUCCCUGAAUUAGAGCUUCCUUGGAAAAAAUCUUUGCCAACAUUAUUUGAUUCGCAGAUAAUUUUAAUAACUUCUUGUGUUUUUUAAUGAACCAUAUAUAUGCGUUACAGAGUACUAAUAAAUGGUUUUGUUUAUUA